UAAAAUAUUUUAUUCCAUCAAAAUUGUUGUUUAAACUAAAUUUAAUUUUAUUGCACUCUCAACAAGAGAGUCAAGCACAAAUUGAAUCAAAAUUGUGUAAAUAUUUCAAAUUUCAAGUUCCUAGCAUGUCAGGAAAACUGAGAUACUCUCAAUUAUUGAACGAUAUUCUGGAGAAAAACACUGUUCAAUGUCUGUGUUCCACAAAGUACAUGUCUAGCCUGCAGCCUCAAAAAGCCAAAGCAAAAGAUGGAGAAUGUCAGUUUGGACCCAACUGUGAGUUUUUUUCAACCUGCAAACACAACAAGGACGUGUGUACUUGCAAACCACGAUGUACGUGUGAACCAAGCUCACAAAAAACUGAAAUCGCCAAAGAAUUUUGUACGAAAAAUGUAUGUGACAAGUUCAAAUGUAUUUGUGUGGGUACUUGCCUUUGUAAAUCAGAAGAGUCACUAACCAAAGCAUACAAGCCAUUGACCUCUUGUGAGAAAUCUGUGUGCAUUUGUGCAGGAACUUGUCAGUGUAAAUCAGAUGAAUCGCUUUCACAUAAUUCACAAAACAAAUGGGACAAAUCUCCCAAAGAUACAGAUAAAAACAAAUACUCUAGUGCUGGGACUUUUCCUUCUAAGAAACAAGAAAUGCUUUUAGCAAAAUACAACCCUCCAACUAAUUGUGAUAAAUCUAUAUGUGUUUGUGGUGAGACUUGUCUUUGUGAAUCAGAAGAAUCUACUUUUAAAAAAACAUACAAGCCUUCAGAUGAGUGUGAUAAAUCAAAAUAUAUGUGUGGUGACAACUGUCUUUGUAAACCAGAAGAAUCGUUUUUGAACAAACCAUGCGAGCCUUCAAGCCACUGUGACAAAUCUGUAUGUAUCUGUGGUGGUAUUUGUCUUUGUAAAUCAGAAGAAUCAGUUCUGAAUAAAUCACACAAGCCUCCAACUCACUGUGACGAUAAUAAAUGCAUAUGCAGCAUAUGUAUAUGUCAAAACCAACAUGACUCUAAGGAGCAUCUAUUUCCAAGUUCCUUUAGAAACAUAAUCAAAAAUGAAGCGUUUUCAUUAAUGACUGAUGAUAGAAUGAAAAAGGAAUGUGCAGAGAUAAAAAAAUGUAUAACGGAUCACAAAGAAAAUAUGAAGAUAGAGCUUGAAAAAAAUAAACCACAAACAAGUUCUGAGCAGAGUACCAAAGAAGUGAAACCAUCUUCUAACUCCAAGGAGGAAAAAGAUAAUAAAGCAGUGCCAACAUCAAAUAAUCAAGUACCUAUAAAAAUUCCACAGGUAAAUGAAAACAAAGUAUCUCUUGGACCUAAUCCAGUUGAAGAGAGCAGGUUACUGUCACCUGAAUAUAUUUCAAAGAAAAAUGGAAAAAGAUCAAAUACAUCAGUCGAUGACGAGUCAAAGAGAUACGUAAAAAGGCAUAGAAGAAGUCACAGGAAGAUAAAACCAUUGGAAGAGAAACAAAAGCAACCACCUUGCUCAGUAAAAUCUAAGUCGUUAACGUACUACAGCUGUGGCAGAACAAUUAUCAAAUCCAGACCUCCUUACAUCAGAUAUUACUACUCUGGAGAUACAGAUCACUAUGGGGUGAAAAUGGGCCAUAAGCAUUGUCUAGACUUGCCACAACUAGUGCCAAAAAAUAUGGGUUGGCUGUGGAACAUUGAAGACCCAGGAAAAGGAAUCCGAGAGAGAAAAGGAUGGCCUCCUGGUUUCAUUGGAAAGAACAUAAAAAAUAUGAUUAAAGUCAUGAAAAAAUUCAGCGAAGAUCCUGGAAGCAAAAAGGAUGAAGUUCACUCAAAGAAAUGGCAAACAGUGCUUGAAGUGGACAAAAAAUUUGAACACAAAGAGGAACCUCCACUAAUCCACAUCCACAAGAAAGGCAGAGUGUACAACAUCACAUUCUGCCCCAAGAACAGUGAUGACGACAUCGGACCUAUCCCGAUCCCCUUCUCAAUCACACAGAAGAAACACGAUAGCGACACUGAAUCCUCCGAGUCUACCCUGGAGUUCGAACUACACUCACCAAAACCUCGGAGGAAACCCAAUCUGCCAAAAGUGGUACAGAAGAAAGUGGAGGAUGAAGCAGAAAAAGAAAAAGUAGAUACUGAAGCCUCCAAAACGGAAGCAGACCUAACAGAGUCUGUUGUACAAACUUCCAUUACUGCCAAAACUAAGAAGAAACCAAUCAAAAAGAAAUCAGAUGAAAAUAAAAAUUUGUGGGAGGAUCAGCCAACCCAGGUUCAAAAAAUUACAGAAAAAUAAUAUUGUAAAUUAAAAUAGUUUGUUUACAUUUGAGUAUUUAUUAUAUACAAUGAAACCAAUGGAAUAAAACAAAAUGUAACUUUA